GGAAGUGUUUUUCUUAUUCGAAAAUCAAUCAAAUCUGGAGGAGUGAACUUUACAGUGAUGAGAAGAAUCUCCUCUCUGCUUCUAAAACAACCUUCUCCUACAAUCACACACAUCCACUUCUCCUUCCCUCUCCCCCUCCAAACCCAUCCCCCACACAACAACAAUGCCACACCACCAUCUCCCCAUUCAUUCUCCCGCUCCUUCAAAACCCUAUCUCUCCCUCCCCCAGAACUCGUCGAACCUUUCUGCGACCUCUCCGACGUCGUUUCCUCUAAACAAAACCUCCAACCCUCUCCAUGGUUCACACAAAUCCUCAACCUCCUCGACAACUCCCCAACCAUGGAAUCAAAUCUCGAUUCCUUCUGCCGCCAAUUUCUCAUCACUCUCUCCCCCUCUUUCGUCGCGCACACUCUCCGUUCCCUCAACAACCACCAAACCGCCCUCCGUUUCUUCACCUGGGCUUCCAACCAACAUAACUACUCCCAUUCCCUCGAUUGCUACGUUUCACUAAUCAACCUCCUUCUAUCUCCCUCAACCACCACUUCAACCACCACCGCCUCCACCUCCGCCGCAUUAAAUGUUUUCGCAGAACUUCAACGUAACCGCCUCCCCUUAACAUCCCCAUCCGCCAAUUCCCUCAUCAAAACCUUCGGUAACGCCGGCUUAGUGAACGAGCUUCUAUUAGUUUGGCGUGGAAUGAACGAACAAAACAUCCAACCAAGCCUCUUCACUUACAAUUCCCUUCUUAACGGACUCGUUGGUUCCUCUUUUAUUGAAUCAGCCGAGCGUGUUUUCGAGGCGAUGAAAGAAGGAAGAAUAAAGCCUGAUGUUGUAACCUACAAUACUUUGAUCAAAGGGUAUUGCAAGAUUGGGAAAACACGCAAGGCGAGUGAGAUGGUUCGCGAAAUGGAGGUAAUUAACUUGGAGCCUGAUGUUGUUAGUUAUAUGACAAUAAUGCAGGCUUGUUAUGCGGAAGGUGAUGUUGAUUGUUGUUUGAGUCUUUACCAUGAGAUGGAGGAUAAGGGGUUUGAAGUUCCUUCUCAUUGUUAUAGUUUGGUGAUUUGCGGGCUUUGUAAGACCGGGAAGGUUUUAGAAGCUUAUGCUUUGUUUGAGAAUAUGAUUAGGAAUGGUUGUAAGGGUAAUAAGGCUGUUUACACUGCUUUGAUUGAUUGUUAUGGGAAGAGUGGAAAUUCGGAUGGAGCUUUAAGGUUGUUUGAGAGGAUGAAAAUGGAUGGGAUUGAACCUGAUGAGGUUACUUAUGGUGCUAUUGUUAAUGGAUUGUGUAAGAGUGGGAGAGUGGAGGAAGCUUUGGGGUAUUUUCGGUGUUGUAAUGAGAAUGGUGUUGUUGUCAAUGCUGUUUUUUAUUCUAGUUUGAUUGAUGGACUUGGAAAGGCAGGGAGGGUUGAUGAAGCUGAGAAGGUGUUUGAUGAAAUGGCCCAUAGGGGUUGUCUGCCGGAUUCAUAUUGCUACAAUGCGCUCAUCGAUGGACUGUGUAAGUGUGGGAGGAUAGAUGAUGCUCUAGCGCUGUUUAAGAGGAUGGAGUGUGAUGGUUGUGAGCAUACUGUGUAUACGUUUACUAUACUUAUCAGUGAGCUUUUCAGAGUGCAUAGGAAUGAAGAGGCGGUCAAGAUGUGGGAUUUGAUGAUUGACAAAGGGAUAACGCCGAAUGUUGCUUGUUUUAGGGCUCUUUCAAUUGGGUUGUGUCUUUCGGGGAAAGUUGCGAGGGCUUGUAAAGUGCUGGAUGAGCUUGCACCUAUGGGGGUUGUUCUUGAAACGGCUUAUGAAGAUAUGAUUGGAGCGCUGUGUAAAGCUGGCCGUGUUAAGGAGGCUUGUAAGUUGGCUGAUGGAAUUGUGGAUAGGGGUAGAGAAAUACCUGGGAAGAUUAGAACUCUGAUGAUUCAUUCCUUAAGGAAAGCUGGGAAUGCUGAUUUGGCUAUCAAGUUGAUGCAUAGCAAGAUUGGUAUUGGAUAUGAUCGAAUGAGGAGCGUUAAAAAGAGAGUCAAGUUUCAAACCCUUUUUGACAACUGAGAUAUUUCAGGUAGAUAUCAUGUGGCAUUUGAAAACUGGUAAAGGCCAAAGCCAGUUUUAGUUUGAAAGUGUUGGAAAUAGUUAGCUUCAAGAUAUAGUAUUUACCCCAAAUGUCAAUUUAUUGAUAAAUUGGGCAAGAAUAGAAGUAAUAGUAAUUUUUAGUUGAUUGAAGUUAAACCAAUGCUGCUGGUCCCAUCAAUAUACAGAUAAAAUAGGAAAACCACGAUGCACUAGUGAGAAUGAUGAGUUUCCAAAUGUUGUACAAUUUUAUUAUUAUUAUAAACUAAACAUAGUAUUCAGUCAUUCAGUGGCCUGAUUGAUCAUGCACACUGUCUCAAACACAGGAGUCGUGAAAAUGUUGAUACAUUUGGACAUGAAUAGGUCUGUAUGUCUUUCUUGCUAGUUCCCGUGUGAUGCAAGGGAAUCAAAUUCCCUUAUUGAAUUUGAAUGAAAUGGUUGUGGUUUAAACUUGAAGAAUUCAUAUAUUAACUUUUAAAUUCACAUGGAAUGA